AUGGGGUGUGGCACAUCGUCUCUCCAACAACAGCAAACACUGGUGGACAAGAGAAAAGAAGUAUUACCUGACUGGUUACCUACCGUGCCGGAAGAGGAGAGGGAAGAUUGGCCAGCCUACUGUCGAGUGUGUGAUCUGGUCGAUCAUGGGCAGGUUGAAGCGCCCACUUCGCCAACUCCUGAAGGGAUGCUCACUUACACAGUACUGUGCAGCGAUGACGUCAUCACACACGUCAUAUACAAACCUACCACAUUUGGGCACUGUGGCAGAUUUGACCACCUUGACGACCAUGCCGCAAAAGUCCCUUCCUCACUCAUCGAUGACUUCACGGCGUUAGUAACGUAUUUGAUCGGGCCGGCACGAACAGAGCUGGAUCGGGUCCGCGUACUGUACGCCUGGGUCACCUGCCAAGACGUGUCGGUCAACACGGAAGGCGCAACGGAAGACACACCUGGCUGGUACCUGCACAAGAUGAGGGAAAGUGAAAGUUACUACCAUCUGUUGUUCUCCACUCUCUGCAGCCAUGCAGGUGUUCGGUGUCAAACCAUUCGUGGCUACGCAAAGACUGCUGACAAACCUCCAAACACGCAGUUCGCAGGGACGUCCCCUAUCAAGCAGUGGACAGCUGUCUGUAUUGACGGACGAUGGGGCAUAGUCGAUACUCGCUGGGGCAGUCGUGACUCAGCUGAAGACAUGACAACAUCGCCAUCAUCAUCUGACGACACAAACCAACACAACACCAACGAGUUUUACUUCUUACCGCACCCCGCGCAGUACCUGAGCACGUGCUUUCCCGAAGACCCGGAUUGGCAACUCGUACUGAGUCCGAUCGAAAUCUCUGACUUCGAGACUCAUGUUCAGUGCUGGCCUCAUUUCUUCGCUUUCGGCCUGUCCUUGUUAAGUCACCACCGUGGGGAAGUGCAAACGACAAAUGGACAAGCGAAGAUCUACAUCGGCUGCAAUGAAGAAGACAUUCGGGCGAUAAACUUUGCCUACAGUCUGACAGAGUCUUCGGGGUCAGACCGUUGGGAAGGGGCUUCAUUGGACAGAUUCGUGCUGCAACAGAAGAAGAGAGACGCUGUCGUUUUCAGCAUUCAACCACCGCAUAGGGGCGAAUAUCUUCUCGAGAUCUUCGUGGGAAGCCAUGACGACAAGACGUGUUACACCGCUUGCGAAUACUUAAUUGUAUGCGAUGAAACUAGCAAGGACGUUUGCCCUCUUCCCGACUGGCCGGGCGAUUGGGGCCCUGGGAGCGAGGCGGUUGCUAUGGGACUCGUCCCGAUAUCCCACCCUGCAUCCUGUGUGCGUUGUAAAAGCACGCCGGCAUCAAUAGAGUUCUCAUUGUCACGCGAACUGGAUUUCCUAGCCAAACUGUUCGAAGUCAACACGAAAGAGACACGACUACGACGGUACGUUGCUCACGAGGUAGCCGAUGGUACUGCAACCUUCCACGUGAUGCCCCCAAAACAGGGAACGUAUGGCCUCGCAAUCUACGCUAAGGAACGUGGACAGGCAGGGGCCUUUGCUGCGAUGUGUAGCUACCUGACGAUAGCGGAAGACAUGGAACAAGAUGCAAAGCCGUUCCCGGACGUUCCAAAGGGCUCGUUCGGGCCGGUUCAACCGAGCUUUUUGGACCUCGGACUGAGAACAGUGACACAUCACAGUGCCUUCGUCGACUGCGAGUCAAGUGAACUGGACCUCAGGCUGAGUAUGUCCAGAACUCUGCAGUUGAGUCACCAGCUUUCGCUGGAAAAUGACAAUGACUUUGGAAGCUAUGUCUUUCGGCAAGUCGUAGACGACGAGGUCCAGUUCUUAGUCCGCUUCCCGAAGCCGGGAAGAUACAGACUGGCCAUCUUCGCAGAGGAGGUCUCUCCUGAUGAAGACCCUCGGAAUGUCUUCAACUACUGUAUCAGCUGUACUGGUUCUGUGUCUCAUGAUGUACAUCCGUUUCCUGAUGUGGCUGGCAAUCAGUGGGGAGAACGGUAUCCUACAUGUAAGGACUACGGCAUCUUCCCUGCCAGUCACCCAAAUGCGUACAUAGAGACCACUUCUGGUGAGCUGGAGAUCAAGUUGGAAUCAGAGACGCACAUCGAUAUUCUCCACUUAUUCCAGCGGUGGAAGGAAGGGGCUCAGCCGGAAGAUUUCUCGCAAUGCGUGAAAGCAAUGGAUGGCGAGGAUGCGGACAGGGUGGGAGUAAGAGUUUCAUGUCCCCAUGUCGGAGAAUACAGCCUAGAACUCUUCGCAAGGAUGUCCGAAGAGGAGGAACCAAUUAACGUGUUUAACUACUUCAUUGGCUACAAGGAAGAAGCAGCAGCAUCAACUGAAGAUGAUGACCAGGCAACAACAGGAGAGAGUCCAGCAGGGCCAUCGACAGAAUCGCCCGGGGAAGCCAGUGAUACGCUUACCCUGCUUGGUUUGUCGAAAAAGAGCCAUCCGGAAACGAACAUAAUGAACAAAACAGGUGAACUUCUCAUCACAUUUGGAAAAGCUACACCUCUGGUAUUCUCACAAAACCUCAACAUGAAGACAGAAACAGGCACUGAAGAAAUGGGCGACUACGUUUUCAGACAGGUGCUCAACGACGAAGUCCACUUUCGCCUGCGUUUUCCUACUGUGGGUGUGUACAACUUUUCCGUGUCUGCAGGUGAAGUAGGUGGGACCCUGGAAGAAGUCAUCAAGUACACCAUCAACUGUACCGCACCUAACCAGAAACUGAGCCCAUAUCCGGAUGUAGACGGCGACCAGUGGGGGCUGAAGCAGCCGGAUGCCAGUACCAUCACGCUAAAGAGUCACCCUGCCGCAUACAUCAAAGCCUCGCAAAGGCUUGAUAUCGUAAUAGAGUCAACCGCACCGACACAGUUUCAGCAACGUUUUUACUUGCGGACAAGGAAGGAAGGAACGAAGAAACUCAAGAAGAAAGACGUUGGUGACUUUGGAUGCCAUAAGACCCUGGACCAGGGCAAGAAAACGGUAGUUGUGCUUCACUUCCCGAGGGAAGGCGACUACACAUUACAGCUAUCGGCCUGCAAUUCAGAGAGUCAGAAUGUGAUCAACUAUCUGAUCUACUGCGACAUGCCAAUGGAUCCUUGCAUACCGUUUCCAACGGUUGAAGACAGAAGAUGGGGCCCGGUCUAUUCCAACUGUGAGUCAAACGGCUUCACUUUGAAUAGUCAUGAGGACCCCUUCAUCACCUCCGACAACGAAGAGCCAAGGCUCAGCUUUGGUGCACCAAAGUCUACGUGGCUUCGUCACACAUUGGUGUAUUGCUCCGACAAGGGACAGGAAGAAGACGUGUCGUCGUUUGCGUUCACACAGGCUGAUCAUCAAGACACCGGACACGUAGUUGCAUGGUUACGUCUGCCGAGUGUCGGCUUCUACAGGCUUACCAUACAUAGCAGAGCAAAGAAUGAGACAGUUCUGGUCAACUAUCUUUUGGACUGCAAAAAGCCGAUGAAAGUCUGCCUUCCGUGGCCAGAACAGCCGCAUGGCUGGCCCAUCGGGUGGCAUCUCUUCGAGCCGCGAAUGAAAGUCAUCACAGCAGGAAAGGAGGUCAGAUUCAGCGGGAUCUUCCCCAACGUGUCGGACGUGGCAGUCAUAUUGCCAACAGGAGACCGCGUUCAGCUUAACGAACAAGAAAACAGUAAGUGGAAAGGAACUGUGACAAUUCCAGUAGAAGCACAGGCUGGAGACACAGUCACAUUAGGGAUUGUAGUAGACAAACAAACUGGCAAGCACCAAGAGGUUCUGAGGUAUAUCAUUGAAGGAGGAGCAAAGGAGGCACCCCAUGUUGAAGAGGGUGCAAAGGAGACAUCCCCUGCUGGUGCUGAAGGUGGCGGUAAAGUGGAAACCCCACCAGAGGUAGAACAGCCAGAGGACUACAGAGCAGUCUUGAAGAGACACAAAAGUUCCAUAGCAGAGGUGAUGAUUCCACGCGAGGUCAUCAAGAAGUUUGAAGAAGAGGGGAUCAUCAACGAAUCGGAAGCGAGUGAGAUGGACACACAGCUGCCUGUCAACACGCUGGAUGUCAACAAGUCUUUGUUGAAGGCGGUGAUGACAGAGGGAGAAGACGCGUUCGUGACUUACCGGGACAUGAUAGAGGAGACCGGGCAGAAGGAAGUGCUGGAGCUCAUCAAGGACGUGGUCGUUGAACCUGCCACUUCCGAUACAGACAAUAAAAUAAAGAAGAAGAUGAAGGAGGCCAUGAAGUCCAGAAACAGGGCAAGGCUGAAGAAGCUGAUUGAAGAGUACAAAUCCAACGCACUCGACGAAGAAGAUGACGUCUUCAAAGAAGCAGUAGACAGGCUUGAACUUCUCGAUGCAAAGCAAGGUAUACUGGACGCCAUCAAUGAGAGAAAGAUACCGGAGCUAGAGCAGACCAUCGCCGUUGCUAGUGUGUACGAGGAAGUGCUCCAGUCCGACCUUCAGGAGGCGAGGACACUCCUGGAGAGUCUGAGAACCCUGGAGAGGCUGCGUCAUGACGUCAUGAGCAUGGACGAGCGGACCCUGUCGGAGAUCAAGCGCUACAAAAACCCUCCGCCAGAAGUGCAGACAGUCAUGAAGGCCACCCUAAGACUGCUCGGGGACAGCAAGAAGCAGACAAAGAACUGGAGGCUAAUUCUAAUCCACAUGGGCAAGACGGGCCUCCAGAGCCUGAACCACCGUGUGGGGCAGUGCGAGCCGGAGAGCAUCUCCCCGGAGACGGCAGCUCAGGUCAAGAAGAUACUACAGGACCUCAGCCUGGAGAGCGUACGUGACGUCAGUACAGGGGCGGCCACGUACUAUGUCUGGGCCAUGGGGAUGAUAAAGGAGGUUGAAGGAAUGAAAACAAAGGAUGCUUCACCCCGGCCGCCAUCUGCUGAUUCAUGAUUCAUGACUUUAAUUCGUCCAAUUUAUGACCAUUACACAAUUUGUUUAUAGCGUGACAUGUGGUUGUUUUGCAUUUAGUCAAAAGAAUACAUAUUAUGUCAUCGAUCCAUCUAUUCAAGAAGAAGUUUUAAAGUAAUUGUGAUUAUAAGAGCGGGUCGAAAGAUAAAGAAUGUUCCAUUGUGGGGUUUAGUAAGCAAUAGCACUUUAGAAAGCAGUUUAUUGAGAGCGCUUUUGUGUUGAUUAAUACCCAAUGUAACCAGCAACACUGCACAGUGUCAGACAUCUGGGGUUCUAUAAAGU